ACAGUUUCAUGGGUUGAAACGGUUUCUUCAACAUAGAGAACCAGUUGUGGGUUCAGAACCCCUAAAUAGAAAUUAUAAUUCCAAAGAAGACUUCUGAGGUUGCUGGGACACUUCUGGUUUGUGCGUUGAUGAAUUUGACAGCCAUCAUGAAUGACUCAGGUUUGGAAUCAAAAGUGAACGACAACACACUUGAAUUCAUUGCUGUUAAGGAAGAGAAUAUUGAAGACUUCUGUGAGGAAAAUUACCAUGAAAUAAAAGAUGAGAUUAGCAACUGUAUAGGUGAAGACAAUACUAGCUAUACAACGACUGGAAUUAGUGAUGAUAUAGCAGAAGACAAUACUAGCUAUUUAAAAGAUAAAAUUAGGAAGAAUAUAGAUGGAGACAAUACUAUUUAUAUAAAGGCUGAAAUUAGAGAGGAUAUAAGUGAAGACAGUUCAGUUUACAAGAAGGCUGAAAAUAAUGAGGACAUAAAUGAAGACCAUUCUAUCUACAUAAAGGAUGAAAGUAGCAAAGAUAUAAGUUAUGAAAAUUCUGUCUUUAUAAAGGCUGAAAAUGUAUAUAUAAAUGAAUUUCCCAUACUGGAGCAAACUAAUCAUAUAUAUAUGGAAAGAAACAAAAGCAACUCUGAUUUAUUCUAUGAAGUUGGAGAUCCAUUAAAAGUAGAACAGUUUGUAACUGAUAAAUGUGAGGAUACAGUGUCAUCAGACAGUUAUCACAAGACAGUUAUAGGUGUUGAUGAAGACAGGAAAGAGAAACAUUUCGUAUGUCACAUCUGCAGCCUACAAUUUUCAUGCAAUAGUCAUCUGUCAGUUCACAUGAAAGUGCAUGCUAAAGGAAGGCCACAUAGUUGUGAGGUUUGCAGCAAGUCAUUCUAUCGUAAACCACAUCUAACUCGCCAUAUGAGGGUGCAUACGAAAGAAAAACCUUUUAGAUGUGAUGUUUGUAGUAAGGCGUUCUCACAAAAAAUUACCUUAGUGACUCAUAAGAGAAUACAUACAAAGGAGAAACCUUAUAAAUGUGAUGUCUGUAGUAAGGCAUUUUCACAGAAAACUGCCCUUGUGAGUCAUACAAGAGUGCAUACAAAAGAGAAACCUUACAGAUGUGAUGUCUGUACUAAAUCAUUUGCACAGAAAACUGCUCUAGUGAUUCAUAUGAGGAUACACACAAAAGAGAAACCUUAUAGUUGUGAAGUAUGUAGUAAGUCAUUCUCUCUGAAAGGUACAUUAGUGAAUCAUGCAAGAGUACAUACAAAAGAAAAACCCUAUUUAUGUAAUGUAUGUAGUGCUGGAUUCUCUUAUAAAAGUAGUCUAGAGGAACACACAAACGAAGUGCACAUGAAAGAGAAGCCGUAUCCCUGUGAGGUAUGUAACAAAGCUUUUGCAGGAAAGAGAGCUCUGGGAAAGCACAUGGCAGUGCAUACAAAAAACAAGCCUUUUAAAUGUGAAGUUUGCACUAAAUCUUUCUGUUAUAAACACCAUCUAGUUCAUCACAUAAGGGUACAUACAAAGGAGAAACCCUAUAAAUGUGAUGUAUGUAGUAAGACAUUCUCACAGAAAACUACUUUAGUGAUUCACAUGAGGGUACAUACAAGAGAGAAACCUUAUAAAUGUGAAGUAUGUAGUAAGUCUUUCUCUCUAAAAGGCACUUUAGUGAAGCACACCAAAGUACAUACAAAAGGGAAACCUUACAUAUGUGAUGCAUGUGGUAAAGGAUUCUCUAAGAAAAAUCGUCUAAUUGAGCACACCAAAGCUUUACAUACAGAAGAGGAGCCAGACAAUUGAGGUAAGUAGAAAGCAUUUACACAGUAAGGAACUCUGCCAAUGCAUAAAAAUGAGAAGUCUUUUUGCAGAAACACAUUGUCAAAUAAGAAAAGAAAAGAGAAAGUAUUGGUGUAUGUGAGAGUACAUACAAAAAAUCUUUGGUAUUGUUUGAUUUGCCUUAAGACUCUAGAGUAUUAUUAUUCACCAAUUGUCUUUUGAGAGAGAAAAAAAUGACAGUGAUGUAAAGCAACUAAAUAUAUUGUAUCAUAGAUUUAAACAUAUCAAACAUUUGCAAACAUUAGUGUUAAAUGCCAGCUGAUUAGAAUCAAGAAGAAGCUAAGUGACCUGGAGUACUUCAGAGGCCAGGGUUAGUUGGUAGGAUUUUGCAAAAAGAAAAAUGGCCUUAGUCUACAUGUACAAUGUAAAGCUUCGCUAUAAAGAUUCAUAAUAUACACAAAUGAGGCAUUGAAUGCUAACACUGGGGGAAGUUACACAAAAUCAAGCUCAAAGUUUGUGAUAUAUGUAAACAUCUGCCAUUCAUCAUCUGUUAAUUUUUUGCAUUUAGCUUUUAACUUAAUGAAUUUAUUUUUACUGUACUUUGGGUCAGAUGUCAGCUUUCACUAAAAAAAAAAACUGGCACAUCUUUUGGUAAUUUGUCUAUACAUGAGAAAAACUACUUUUGUUUUUGUGAUUUUCUUUACAUUGUAGAAUCAUGGAACAUUUUUUUUUCUUGUCAUUGGAUAGUAUGUACUUUCACAGAACUUCUGAGUUAAUAAAGCAAUAUUGCUCUUAUUUUACUGCUGAUAAUGUAGAUCUUUUUCCUAACCUCUGAACACCCAUGAGCCUACAUGCCAGAUGCACUCACAGUCCUAUGCAGUUGCAGUUCUAGAUAAUGUGCUUUUUUGUGCAUAUUAAAAGAACAAAUAAUUAAAAUGAA